ACACGUAAUUAUGGAUUUGUAGCGUCGAUCACGAUCUCUCUCUCUCUCCUUCUCUACAUGCAGAACGUGGAUAUGGCGUCCCUUCAAUUUUCGAAAAUUAACCAAAACUUCAGAGUCACAGCAUUUGAUUCCUUUCAAUUGCUUCUCAUUCUUCUUCACGACUCUACUACCCGCUCUCAAUAGCUUCAUUUCCCGCACUUUCCAUCUAAAUUUUUUUUCCAAUUUCCAAUUUUAGGGUUUUCAUUUUCUGGAGAAAUUUUUGUUCUCAUCAUUUGAAUAUUGUUUUUUUUUGUGUGUACAUUUUUGGGGCAACAAUUCAAUUUCUUGAAUUUCGUUUAUUGUAAUUUGUCGAAAUUUCGAUUUUCUGGAAGAAAUUUUGAUUCAAUUUAUUCACAGUUGAUUUUUGAGAUAUAUCUCGAAAUUUGGGCGUUUCUAUACGUUUUCGGAUGCAAUGUUUUAAUUUUUGCCAUUGAAUUUGUGGGAAAAAUUGAAUUUUGGGGUGCUUUUGUGGGAAUUUGAACAGAACAGGGUGCAAUUGGGAUUUCCUAACAUAUGCUGUUGGGCGCAAAGAAUCGAGCUAGGUUUUGUUCAGGUCCCUGAUCUGACCGCAGAGGUAGGGACUUGAUUGGAUUGUUCUUUGUAGUUAAUGGGAUUCAAGAAGAUUGAUUUGGAUGUUGAAGUUCAUAGAGGGAGCUGAGAUUGGUAUUUUUGUUUGAUGGGGAACACAUGUGUAGGACCAAAUCUUGGUGGUGGGUUUUUGCAAUCUUUUACUGCUGCGGUUUGGCGAAACCGGCCACCAGAGGACAGGCUUCCUCCUCCUAAAUCUAAGGAAGAAAACAGUAGUAAAAAUGGCCCAAAUUCAAAUCAUGAUUCAUCUAAAGGUUCUGAAUCUGAUGCUCCUAAAGCUCCUCCUGAUCAGGCUCCUAAAGCCAUUGAGGCUCCCCAAAACCCAGUUCAAAGCACACCGCCUGAAACUGUGAAAAUUAAUGAUGAUCCACCUCAAAAGGCAGAACCUGAAAAACCCAAUAAGCCAGAGGUGAAGGAGGAGGUGAGUAAGCCCCCUGAUGCUGAGAAACAGAAGAAACCUGCUCACAUGAAGAGGAUUUCGAGCGUCGGGCUGCAAGUCGAAUCGGUGUUAGGAAGGAAGACUGGCAAUAUAAAGGAUGUUUAUAGUUUGGGACGGAAGCUUGGGCAAGGGCAAUUUGGGACAACGUUUCUUUGUGUAGAGAAGGAAACCAAUAAAGAGUUUGCUUGCAAGUCAAUUGCAAAGAGGAAAUUGACGACACAGGAGGAUGUGGAGGAUGUUAGGAGGGAAAUUCAGAUAAUGCAUCACUUGGCAGGUCACCCCAAUGUGAUACAAAUAAUCGGUGCUUAUGAGGAUGCUGUGGCGGUUCAUGUUGUGAUGGAACUUUGUGCAGGUGGGGAGCUUUUUGAUAGGAUUAUACAAAGGGGGCAUUAUACAGAGAGAAAGGCAGCCAGGCUUGCAAGGGUUAUAGUUGGUGUUCUCGAAGCAUGCCAUUCUUUAGGUGUCAUGCAUCGGGACUUGAAGCCAGAGAAUUUUCUAUUUGUCAAUCAGGAUGAGGAAGCACCACUUAAGACAAUAGAUUUUGGGCUCUCGGUGUUCUUUAGGCCAGGAGAAACAUUUACUGAUGUUGUUGGGAGCCCGUAUUACGUGGCUCCAGAAGUACUACGAAAGCUUUAUGGUCAAGAAUGUGAUGUUUGGAGUGCUGGCGUGAUCAUUUAUAUCUUACUCAGUGGAGUGCCCCCAUUCUGGGAUGAAACGGAGCAAGGUAUAUUUGAGCAGGUUUUGAAAGGCGAACUUGAUUUCAUAUCAGAACCAUGGCCCAGCAUAUCAGAAAGUGCUAAGGAUUUGGUUCGGAGAAUGCUUGUGAGGGACCCAAAAAAGCGGCUAACGGCCCAUGAAGUUCUUUGCCACCCUUGGGUUCAGGUAGAUGGUGUUGCUCCUGAUAAACCUCUUGAUUCUGCUGUCUUAACUCGCUUGAAGCAAUUCUCGGCCAUGAACAAACUCAAGAAAAUGGCCAUAAGAGUCAUUGCAGAAAGCCUCUCUGAAGAGGAAAUUGCAGGCCUGAGAGAAAUGUUCAAGAUGAUAGACACAGAUAAUAGUGGGCAUAUCAGCCUUGAGGAACUGAAGACUGGCUUGGAAAGAGUGGGUGCUGAUCUCAAGGAUUCUGAAAUCAGUUGGUUAAUGCAAGCGGCGGAUAUAGACAACAGUGGUACCAUAGACUACGGUGAAUUCAUAGCAGCAAUGCUCCACCUAAACAAGGUCCAGAAGGAGGAUCACCUGUAUGCAGCAUUCUCGUACUUCGACAAAGAUGGAAGCGGGUACAUCACUCGGGAUGAGCUGCAACAGGCCUGUGAGAAGUUUGGAUUAGAAGAUGUUCAGUUAGACGACAUCAUACGAGAAGUUGACCAGGAUAAUGACGGGCACAUUGAUUAUAACGAGUUUGUCGCCAUGAUGCAAGACACCGGUUUCGGCAAGGGAUUGCAAAGUAACAUGAGUAGAAAGGUAGGGUGAGUCUCCGAUUCUCAGGAAGCCAUCAAGCAUAAGAAAAAAAGAAUCAACGGCACAGUCUAUGUAGUCAAUAUGUACUAAUAUUUGCUCCUUCAUAAAAAAGGGAAUUAAGAGAACUAGAGAUGCAUACUGUUGUAGAGAUCAGCCAGCAGGUUUCAGGGGGUGAGAGAGAGAGAGAGAGAGAGAGAGAGAGAGAGAGAUAGUGCCCUGUUCUUUCUUUUCUUCUAGUGCUCUCAUUUUGUAUUUACCAUUUAGUUUUCUGUUCACUAUUUCUUUUUCACUUUGGAAUUGACUGUAGCAUGCCACUUAUUUUUUGAAGUUAUUUGUAAUUGAAUCCAUUUUUCUCUUGUA